CCUUUUUCCCUUCUUUGGGGAUCCAGUCUUAUCCGUUGCAUUUCUUUCUCCCCUAAGCGCAUUCUCCUUCCAGCAGCAUGGCGGGCUCGGGGCAGUACCGACACCUGAUUAACGACUAUGGACCCCCUUCUCUAGGCUACACACAAGGAGGGCAGGCCACCAGCAGCAACCAAGUCCCUCAGAGUAAAUACGCAGAACUCCUGACCAUCAUCGAAGAAUUAGGAAAAGAAAUCAGACCCACCUACGCCGGCAGCAAAAGUGCCAUGGAAAGGCUAAAACGAGGUAUCAUCCACGCCAGAGGACUUGUCCGAGAAUGUUUAGCAGAGACGGAGAGGAACGCAAGAUCUUAAGAUCCCCUUCAAUCCCCUUCCUCUGGAAAAAUGCAGACCAACCCUUCCAACUGGCCAUUUUCUGCACGUCUUCUUCCUCGUUUGGCAUAGUUCCCUUUCCAAGAACUGUGGCCGAGAAUUCCGGUCUCCCAUUGAAUUCCUGCUCCCAUCCAGACGUUUUUUUUUGUGUUGUAUCAUCUCACAAGCUUCAUUUUGACUCUUACAUUUCUGCAAGUUGCCAUCCUGGAUGGAUCAAUCCAAAACAAAAAAACCCACCCCUUGGAAGAACGGCAAUUAUUCAGGGGGUGGGUUUUUUCUUCUUUUUCCACCCAAAUUCUGCUCCUAAUCGGGAACAAGCUUUGCUUCCUGCCCGUUUGUCAUCCGUACCCAACAUCCCUUUUCUCAACUUUUCGCAAUUGCUCUCCAGGCUCGCAUCCCCCUUAGAUCUUUUUCUAGUCUGUGUUCAGAGCCAGUGGAGGGAUCCCUUGCCGCUUUCCAGAGAUUCCUCACUGAAAUAAAACUGGACAGGUUCCCCUAUCAGAACCCCCCUCCUGCGUUACUGACAUUUUUCUAUACAAUGCAUCAAUAGUUUUGCGUGCCUGGAGGACAGAUCCAUACCGUUAUGUCGAUGAGUUGUGGACAUCCACA